AUGAAAGUUCUCACAUUUCUCCUCAUUUUGCUAUUUGCAGCAACAUUUUCUCAGAGUCAAGAACAGUUACAAGGGAUGCCAAGCUUAAGGAGAGGGAACUCCUUGAAAGCUGAGGAGGAGAACAACGUCUUGGUUUCACCAGAUGGAACAUUUACCAGUGGAUUUUACAAAGUUGGUGCCAAUGCCUCCUGUUAUUCAAUUUGGUUCACCAAAAGUGUCAAUAAAACAGUUGUCUGGAUGGCUAACCGAGACAGGCCUGUUAGCAAAAGAGGCUCUAAGCUCACCCUCCAUGCAAAUGGCAACCUGGUUUUGACAGAUGCACUUGGUUCACUUGUGUGGUCAACCAACACAAUCUCUAACGAAGACACAGAAGUUGUUCUUCUUGAUACAGGAAAUUUGGUGCUGAGGAAUCAAGCCAAGAGGGUAAUCUGGCAGAGUUUUGAUUCUCCCACAGACACACUUCUACCAACACAGCCACUCACCAAGAACACGACCUUGGUAUCCAUGAGAAGCCAAGGUACAUACUUAUCUGGAUUCUAUAACUUCAAGUUCGAUGAUAACAGUGUCUUGUUUCUCAUCUACAAUGGCCCUCAACUUUCUAGUGUUUAUUGGCCUCGGAUUAUUCCAAGUGUUUUUGAGAGUGGUAGAAAUCCUUACAACAGCUCCAGGGUGGCAAUUUUGGAUGUGGCCGGACAAUUUAUAUCUAGUGACAACAUGCAGUUCAAAGCAUCUGACUAUGGGGUUGGUCCAAAGAGGCGUUUAACUAUGGAUUAUGAUGGCAUCUUAAGAUUGUACAGUCUUGGUGAACCGACAGGGAUGUGGGAACUCUCAUGGUUGCCUGAUGGUGUUGAUGCAUGCCGGGUUCAAGGCUUGUGCGGUGAAUAUGGUAUUUGCACAUACAAACCAGAACCUACUUGUACCUGCCCUUCAGGGUUUUUCCUAAAUGAUCCCUCAGAUUGGUCCAAAGGCUGCUCACCUCCCUUCAAUUUGACUCAAGAUACAAGCAAGCUGGAUUUCCUGGAGCUUCCUUACACAGAUUACUAUGGAUAUGACAUGGUAAGCUACACUCUUGGAAUCUCUUUUGAAGCAUGCAGGAAUUCAUGUCUGGUGGAUUCAAAAUGCUUGGGAUUCGGAUAUGCACUGGACGGGAAAGGAGAGUGUUACCCUAAGAGUCUUCUGCUCAAUGGAUAUCGUCUAUCGGAUGUUAAGAGCAUCAUCCAUGUUAAGAUUCCAAAAGGUUUUCUGAAUCCUGGUGCAGUACAAACCAGACUAGAGACACAUGAUUUGAACUGUUCAGCGGUACGGUUUCAUGUAAGUACUGAUCUUGAAACAGAAAAGGGCAAUGGAAACCAGUACAUGAAAUACCUUGUUGGAUUUUUGAGUUCCUUUGGGGUAAUUGAAGCAAUAUGCAUCAGCUUGACAUGGUGGUUUGUUUUCCGUAAGCAAGCUCAUGAGGAAAUGGUGAACAUGGGGUAUAUGGCAUUAGCCAUAAAUGCUGUAGGAUUCAAACGUUUCACCUAUGCAGAACUGAAGAAAGCAACCAAUAACUUCAAACAUGAGAUAGGAGAAGGAGGGUUCGGAACAGUCUAUAAAGGGGUUCUGGAUGGUGAAAGAGUUGUAGCUGUGAAGAGACUAGAAGGCAUUGUGCAAGGAGAUGCAGAGUUUUGGGCAGAGGUUAGUGUCAUAGGGAAUAUCAAUCAUAUGAACUUGGUUAAACUAUAUGGUUUCUGUGCUGAUAAUGAUCAUAAGCUCUUGGUGUAUGAGUACAUGGAGAAUGGAUCCUUGGAUAAACUCUUGUUCUCAGAUGUUGAAUUAGAUUUGGAGCAGAGAUACAAUAUUGCAUUAGGCACUGCAAAGGGUUUGUCAUAUCUACAUGAGGAGUGUCUGGAAUGGGUACUCCACUGUGAUGGUGAAAUUUGGGGUGGGUCGUGUCAUGUAAAGCCUCAAAACAUACUGUUAGAUGAGCAUCUUGAACCUAAGGUAGCAGAUUUUGGCAUGUCAAAGUUAUUCAAACUUGACAAUGAUGAUGCAGGCAAUGGAUUUUCGAGAGUUCGAGGUACCAGAGGUUAUAUGGCUCCAGAGUGGAUGGUGAACCUGAAAAUUGAUUCAAAGGCAGAUGUCUACAGCUAUGGGAUUGUUUUGUUGGAGCUACUGAGUGGAAAGAGUGCAUCUAUUCUGCUUACAGCUUUUGCACAAGAGUACACUGAGCACAACCAACUGGUACAAUGUGUGACUGAAAAGAUCAGAGUCGAAGGGCUUAAGGAAGUGAUUGAUCCUAGACUCCAUCAUAAUUUUAACAGGAACAAGCUCGAAAGACUGAUGAAGGUUGCUCUUCUGUGUGUGCAAGAAGACCGCAGCGCAAGACCUGCCAUGAGCAAGGUUGUAGAGCUUCUACUUGAGAAUGAUGAGUGA